AUGACAAGCGUAUUGUUUACAAGCGGUGCCACCGUGACUUUCAGGGAAUUAAUUGAGGUGAUUACAAGCUAUGAUUUUAUAGUGGAGACUAUCAUUGGAAAUGGGAUUACCAGAAUGAUAGUCCAGUACGGCAAUGAAAUCGAAACCGGCACGCAGAAACAUGUCAGUGAAGAAUUUUAUAGGCAAUGCGUAGAAGAUAAGGAAUUGAAGCAGCUGCUUCAAUUGGAGGUGGUGCUGGGGUCCCAAAACGAUAGCAAUGUGGUUACUUAUCGCUCGAAUAAGUAUCGUGGGUUUGAGAUGGUGGUUUUCCCAUUUUCGAACGAUAUUGGCCUGUUCAUAUCCGAAUCCGACGUGGUCAUUUCCCAUGCAGGCACUGGCUCAAUUAUAGAUACAUUACGAUUGGAAAAGCCUCUUAUCGUGGUCACCAAUGAUAAGUUGAUGAACAAGCAUCAGGAGGAAGUGGCCGAUGAAUUGGUGAAGUUGGGAUGCUGUAGGAAAAUGACGAUAGAAGAUAUGAAGCUGAGUCAAUUGAAGGACUGCAUCUCUGAAAUUUUGUCCGGGCCGGAAACCUUCAAUAAACUACCGGAAUGUAGUACCACCGAAGUCGAAGGUAUCAUAUACCAUGAGCUAGUAAAGUAA